GCCUCCGCUGCUCGCUGCUAGUGGGGGAGCCAAGCACGCGCGUGCGCUGCCAGAAAAAAACGCUCGUGCGGCGAAAGUGAAAAGCAAAGGGAGGGGGCGGCGCCGCGGAAAAUGGAUAGGUGACUUUUCCCUCACCCGGCACCCCUCGUGAAAGAAGCCCCUGGGCCCCAAGACACGGACGCAGGCCAAGCGUUGCAGUGUUGUGGUACCUGGUCGCUGGCGCUCUGUGCAGCAGCGCAAUGCGCCCCAUUUGACGAACAUCCCGACGUACUGGCUGAAUGACGGCGCGGAGACGGCGCCGAAACAUGUCCGACUUCACGGAUAUGUGGCAGGACAUCGAGAGCGUUCUGCUGGGAGACAGUCACUCAGGAGACCAGCGGUACCCUGCGCCGGCCUGCGCCCCAGCGGUCGACGCGCCGCCCGCUCCCGCCCCUGCACUGCCUGGCGCCGCCGCCACCUCCGCCGCCGACGGGCACAAGUACGGCGCGGGGGCGGGAGAGUACCUGGACUACGGCUACCACCACCUGCACCACCAUCACCAUCACCACUACCACUUCGGGCAGGCGGCGGCGGCGGCUGCGGCGGCGGCUGCGGCGCACUCCGCCGUCAAGAGUGAGCCGCACAGCCAGUGCGAAGAGGCGCCGGCGGGGCCGCCCGAGUACGGCUUCCACGGCGUGGGCGUGGGUGUAGGUGUGGGCGUGGGCGCGCCGUACCUCGGGCUGCUGGAUGCCAAGCAUGCUGCGCUCGAGGCCAAGCAGCCACCAGCGGGCUACCACCCGCUGGCUGCCUACCACGGCUAUCAGGCCCAGGACGCCGCCAGCCCGGACUACAACGGAACCAUGACCAUAGUGCAGGCAAGUAGUCAGGACUCCAGAGGGAGGCGGAUAUUAAUAUUAACUCAUUUGCUAGUACAAGUUUUCAAAUUCAUGCUGCACUAA